CAUGUCUUUGGACUGUGGGAAAAAAACCGGAGCGCAGGCUAUGUCCCUUAUCGGAUCCCGUACACUACGAUCGCUAUAUUAUAACCUGAUUGGUCAAUUCAUUUGGAUCUAGCAUCGUGCGACUAAGCAUUAGAUCGGAGGCAAGAUGAGUCUCAGAAAGCAGACGCCGAGUGACUUCUUGAAGCAGAUAAUUGGAAGACCUGUGGUGGUCAAACUGAACUCUGGUGUCGAUUACAGAGGUGUGCUGGCCUGCUUAGAUGGCUACAUGAACAUUGCAAUCGAGCAGACGGAGGAAUAUGUCAAUGGUCAGCUCAAAAACAAAUAUGGAGAUGCUUUCCUAAGAGGAAACAAUGUUUUAUACAUCAGCACCCAGAAGAGGAAAGUGUAACCUUUCUUCCCCCAGAAGAAGAAAGUGUAACUUUUUUUCCCCAGGAGAGGAAGUGUAACUUUGUCUUUUUACCCCAUGUGUCUUGUAGUCGGUGAUUGAUGAUUGGAUGUCAACAUAUUUUGUUUGUGUAAUGCUUUAAGCCUGGGGAGUAUUUGCUUUUGUAAAAAUGUUAUCAUUUAAUAAAUUCUGUUUUUUGGCUCGUUUGAUUUUGUUGAUUUAU